AUGCGAUUCAAGGUUUUGGAGGAAAGGCUUAGAACAUCUAAUGGUAACUCUCGCAUUGCCUCAGAAGGUAGAACCACAAGCAAUGGAUCUUCAAGGCGUCAGUCUCUUGGUGGAGCAGAGAAUUUCUCAAAGUCAUCCUCCAAUGGGUAUCUCUCAAAGGGAACUUCAAAUUCACACUAUGGGCUUCUCAGAUCAAACAGUGCUAGCACAUUAUUAAAGCAUGGUAAUAUCUCGAAUAGAUCAUUUGAUGGUGGUAGUAGAUCACUGGAUAGAGGUAAGCUGAUACCAGAUGCAAGUGGGAAAGAUAAUGUGCCCACCAAUACCUGUGAUCAUGACCUAAUUAGUGAAACAAAUGGUACUCACAUGGAGAGUGCAAAUGGAACUCCAAUUGGAAACACCAAACCAGAACAUGAAGAUAGUGUUUCUGGAAUGCUGUAUGAUAUGCUACAAAAAGAGGUUGUAUCUCUGAGAAAAGCUUGCAAUGAGAGAGAUCAGACACUCAAGGACAAGGAUGAUGCAAUUGAUGUUGGACUGCAUACUGAUCUGAUUUUGCGGCCUAUGUUGGCAAAGAAGGUUGAUACAUUGAACAAAGCAAUGGAAGUUGAGGCUAAAAAGAUGCGAAGAGAAGUUGCUGCUAUACAUGUCAGCAAGGAGCAUGAUCAGAGGAUGUGGCGUAUAAGUACUCCUAGGGGGGCUGUAAAUAGUUCUCAUUUGACUUCUGCAAGAGGCUACAUGUUCCUUCUGGGUGUUUCUCUUGUGGAUCUCGUGUGA